CCCACUGCACCUUCCUGUCAUGUUGUUCCAGUGUCCAGCUUGUUAAACUGCAGGUGAUCCGUCAUGAGGAGCUCAAUACUGGUGGCUCUGACAACAUUUUGUCUCUGCCUGUCUGUUGCUGCAGAUGCUCAGUCCGACCGAGAUGAAAAGAAAACAUUCCCAGAGGAAGAUGGACUUUUGCAACUGGAAAAGAAAAAUUUCAACAGGGCUUUGAGAAAAUACAAGCAGCUACUGGUGCACUUCUAUUCUCCGCUGACCGGAGAAGCUCACCGUGUGGCAGCAGUAUUCAAAGACGCCGCUGCAGUGCUUCAGGAGUCAGAGGUCAAACUGGCUGUUGUGGAUGUGACAGAGGAGAAGGACUUGGCUAAAAGUCUCAAUGCGACAGACCCCCCCACGAUCAGACUGUACCUCUCUGGAGAUUUACACAACCCCGUACCCUGCCCUGUUCCUCAGAGCUCAUCUUCUAUCUUGACCUGGCUGAAAAGGAGGGUGGGGUCAGCAGCUGACCUCAUCACAGAUCUCAGCCAAUCAGAGGCCUCUGAUGAGCUGACAGUGGUUGGAUUCUUUAAGGAGCUGGACAACGAGUACGUCCAGCUGUUCUAUGAGGCAGCGAUCAACCUUCCUGAUGUCAGCUUCGCUGUGACGCAGAAUGAUGAAGUCAUCAGCAAAUACGGUGUCACGCAUAACGUUGUUCUGCUUCUAAAGAAAUCUAAGCUGUUAUAUUCCUACAAAAUGAUGCCUGACACAUGCAAAGAAGAGCUGAUGACCUUAAUAUCUGUCUACCAGAUGGACCUGGUUACCGAAUAUGAUGGUCAGACAGCCAACCGGAUCUUAAGUUCCCCUGUGUUAAACCACGCCCUCCUCUUUAUCAAUAGAAGCUCUGCAGACUUUCAAGAGAUUUUGUCUGCUUUCACCGGGGCUGCAGAAUCAUUCAGGAUGAAGAUUUUGUUCGUGUUGGUGAAUGUGGAUGAGUCACGUAACGGCAGAGUCAUGGAGUACUUUAGGGUCCGGGACUUUGAGGCUCCUCUCAUUCGUAUGGUCAACCUGACGGAUCACGUGACAUACCACCUGCCGUCUGAAACCCUGGACACAGAAACCAUAAAAGAGUUCUGCCACUCCUUCCUAGAGGGAACAGCGAAGCCUAAGAUGCAGACCUUGCCGAUUCCUGAAGGAUGGGACAAAGAGCCUGUGAAGGAGCUGGUGGGAAUGAAUCUGGAGGAAGUCGCCUUUAACCCCAACAAGACCGUUUUUGUUCUGUUUUAUCUGCCCUACAGUAAAAAGUCACAUGCAGUGUUUCCGCUGUGGGAGGAAGUAGCCGAGGCCUUCAAAGAGCAGGAGGACGUGGUCGUCGCACAGAUUGAUGCCUCAGCCAACGACAUUAACAUGUCAAUGCAGGGAGCCUACCCGUCACUCUGCCUGUUUCCUGCUCUGUAUGCGGAGAGGGUGGUGGUUUACACUGGGAAAAGGAAGCUGAAGGAUCUUGUUCGGUUUGUCGAGAAAGAGAUGGAAAAAGCCAAAGAAUACAGAGUGAAGGAGAAUGAAGACCGGAGGAAGUACGCUGAGGCCGUAAAAGCAGAGGGGGAGCAAAAUGAGGAUAAAACCAAAGACGAACUCUGAUACAGUACAGCAUGCGUCUGCGUGUGUCUGAACUUUAAAUCUCUACAGUCUAAACAUGUACCUGGUUUUAAUAACUUCACUAACCAGUCAGGAGCUUUCUGAACUAUCACACUGAAUAAAGGUUUCAGUUAAAAACUUAAAA